UUAGCUGGUUUAUUUAAGAAAUACGAUAAGAUUUUUCACCAGCUUAGUUACUUCAGUAUUCUUUAAGCUCUUAUAGACAGAAUACAAGAUGGAAAAGUUUGGCUUCUUUUCAUUUGUUUUGUUCUGUUGGAUUUCAUCUUGUCAAGGAAAAAUUCUAUCACCUCCUCCUGGCACAAGUUUUACAUUUUUACCUGGAGAAACACACAAUAUUAUCUGGACAUUUGAUGAUGAUUUAAAUGCUUUGGACAGUAGAGAUUGGUUUUUUACGGGUAGUAAUGUUUCAAUAGGAAUACGAUUGGCCACUGUCGCUCGGGAUUUUUCAUUGAUAAAACUUAAUGCACCAAUUCUUCCAAAUUAUGACGUCUACAAACCUUCAAGGCUGGAAUUAAGAAAUAUCACUCAUAGUUAUGAUGGAACAUAUAAUUUUCGAUUAGUAAGAAGGGACAGUCUGUUAUCUCCUUUCAUAUCUGAAGUCAGAGUUUUCGUUGCAAUUAAACCAAACGCGACAAUUAAUUGUUCAACUACUCUGGUUGUAAAUGAAGGUGAUAAUGUGUCAUGUGUAUGUAGAGGUGAAGGAGGUAACCCUCCUGCUAAUGUCACAUGGUUUGAUAAAGAUAACAACAUACUUGGUGAUGUUGGAGUUGUAAGUAAGACAUUAGUAAUCACUAAUGUUACAAUGAAUGAUGAUGGAAAUUACAGAUGUAAAGCACAAACAUACAAUGAUCCACGUUUUAGAGAUGAAAAAUCUAUUGAAGUAAUAGUGAAAGAUCCACCACAACAAACCAAUAUUACCAUCAGUCCAAUGUCAGUAAAAAAAGGUCAAAAUGUGACAAUAACCUGUGAAUCAGAUGGUUAUCCUGAACCAACCUACACUAUUUAUCAUAAUGGUGCAGUUAUCAGUAAUAAUAAGACAUACAUCAUUCAAUCUGUCAACUUCAAUCACGCUGGUUCAUAUCGUUGUAAAGCAAAGAAUAAACUGGGAAAUGAUUUAUCUGAUGUUAAAAAUCUUACUAUCAUCAAAGUGAAACCAAAUGUGGAAAUUAAUUGCUCAACACCUCUGGUUGUGGAUGAAGGUGAUAAUGUAUCAUGUGUAUGUAGAGGUGAAGGAGGUAUCCCUCCUGCUAAUGUCACAUGGUUUGAUAAAGAUAACAACAUAAUUGGGGAUGUUGGAGUUGUAAGUAAGACAUUAGUAAUCACUAAUGUUACAUUGAAUGAUGGUGGAACUUACAGGUGUAAAGCACAAAGUUAUAAUGAUCCACGUUUUACAGAUGAAAAAUCUAUUGAAGUAACAGUGAAAGCUACUUACAACGUUCUUUGUGAUGGCCAAAAAGAGAAUAAAACAAUGCAAAACAGAAUGGUACAUUAUUUUAAUAACUUUAACAUCUGGAAUUAUCGUUGGAAAUUUUGUCUCUAUUUUAUUUUUUUUGCGUUAUCGUCAACAUUGGUUUAAUAAGAAACGUCAACAAUUUCAAUCUCCAUCUGA